CGCUGCAACUGCUGCCUCAUCUGCGCCGCGGGCGAGGGGGACUCCUGCGGCCGCAAGGAGGACCCGCCCUGCGGGGACAGCCUCGACUGCCGCUACCCCAUGGGCAAGCGCUUCGCCAAGGGGGUCUGCCAGUGCAAGCUCAGCGCCCAGGUGUGCGGCAGCGACGGCCGGACCUACGACAACAUCUGCCAGCUGAAGGCGGUGAGCCGCAAGGCGCUGCAGCACGGCCUGCCCGCCGUCGCCCAGGUCCAGAAGGGAGCCUGUGAAUCGGGUCACCUACAGUCCAGCAGCCCAAGAUACAAAUUCAACUUCAUAGCAGAUGUGGUGGAAAAGAUUGCACCUGCAGUUGUACACAUUGAACUUUUCCUCAGGCACCCUCUCUUUGGUCGAAAUGUCCCACUUUCCAGUGGAUCUGGGUUUAUUAUGUCUGAUUCUGGUUUAAUUGUCACCAAUGCCCACGUGGUGUCAAGCACCAAUGCUAUAUCAGGGAGACAACAAUUGAAAGUACAGCUACAGAAUGGAGAUACCUAUGAAGCAACUAUCAAAGACAUUGACAAGAAAUCUGACAUUGCAACAAUAAAGAUUCACCCAAAGAAAAGACUACCAGUAUUGUUACUGGGACAUUCUGCUGAUCUGAGGCCAGGAGAAUUUGUGGUGGCGAUUGGAAGUCCAUUUGCCUUACAGAACACUGUGACAACCGGCAUUGUCAGCACUGCUCAGCGAGAUGGCAAAGAACUUGGCCUGCGGGACUCAGAUAUGGAUUACAUUCAGACAGACGCUAUUAUCAAUUACGGCAACUCUGGAGGACCUCUAGUUAAUCUGGAUGGUGAAGUGAUUGGGAUUAACACCUUGAAGGUCACAGCUGGAAUUUCUUUUGCUAUUCCUUCAGACCGCAUCACUCAGUUUCUCACAGAGUCACAUGACAAACAAAGUAAAGAUGGGAAGAAACGUUUCAUUGGCAUCAGAAUGCUGACAAUAACACCUGCCUUGGUGGAAGAAUUGAAACACAAUAAUGCUGAUUUUCCUGAUGUCAGAAGUGGAAUUUAUGUACAUGAAGUUGUUCCAAACUCACCUUCCCAUAGAGGAGGGAUCCAAGAUGGAGACAUCAUUGUUAAAGUCAAUGGGCGUCCUUUGAUGACUUCCAGUGACCUGCAAGAGGCUGUGAUGAAUGAAUCCCCUCUAUUACUUGAAGUUCGAAGAGGAAAUGAUGACUUGCUAUUUAACAUUGAGCCUGAAGUUGUCAUGUAAACAUAAUUGAGGAAGCUCUCACCAUAAUUAAACUCACUUAUUCUGGAACACUAGAUACCUCCUUUACAGCUACAGUAAUUAUACUUCCUGUUGACUAAUGACAAGGUGGACUAACUUAAUUGCCUGAGCCAUUUCUGUACAUAGUAGCUAGAAUGAAUUGAAUUAUGCCAUUUAUAGAAGAUUUAACUUUCAAAGAAAUUUAAGAACUGUGUUCUGGGGAGGGGGAGGAGGAAAACAAAUUUUGGGUAGCUGGUAAAAAUGGGGUCCUCUUCCAGUUCCUGCAGGUUGAGAGCAGAUUCAGUUCUGCAUUUUGAAAGACCAAAAUACUACUGGAAGUGAGGAAGCAGGCCAAAAGGGGGAAUUAUUCUUAAACUACAGUCAUAGCUGCAGCAGAACCAAGCUAUUGCAAUGCACAAUUGAGCUUUUUUUUCUAUAUAAUGUUUUCAAUGUGAAACUAGUAUUGGCAAAGCUUGUGUUUGUUCUUAGUGCUCCUGUGCUAUAUGUCAAAGCAGGUAGAUUAAACAUGUAAAUACCCAAAGAAACAAAAAUGGUAUCAGGCUAUAGAGUGUUACACCUAGGUCAUGCGAUUUUGGAAUAUAGUAAAUGAUUCUUAUAGAAUUAAUGCCUUAUUAUAUAUAAAUCAAAACGAUGUGCUGAACAAAGUUAAGUUUGAGAAAGUGCACAAUUUUUUAAGAAUUUGAUACAGAUUAGUUUUGCAUUUUACUAGUAAGCUUUGCUGUAAAAUUGUUACACUACUUUUGGCUUGUACUGUGUCUGUUUCUACUGUAAGGAGAUUAAAGUUUACACAAAUAAUGUGUUGGUGUAAACCUCU